AUGUCAACAUCCGACAAGUCUCUUCAGUACGAAACGCUUCAAGAUGUCGUCAAAACAGACACGAACUGUACAUGGGAUGAGCCUCUUGGUCGCCAAUCCGAGGUCCGCGACCGUCUGAUACCAUCCGGCUCCUCGCCGUCGGACCCAAAACGCCGGAGCUGGAAGCAACAUUGGAAGAGGAUUGGAGUCGCGAGCAUCGCUGCAAUAGUAUUCGGUACCAUAGCGAUUAUUGCCUCUCUGGCAAUUCUCGUCUUUCUCUGGCAGGGCGCUCAACUCGCCGAGCGGCGUCAAGAGCCAGUCUUUUGGCAGACCAUCGUCUUUCACGGCUGGGCUCCCCAAGUUGUCACCAUUUGCUCGGCUGCGAUCCGUAUCGUCAUGACUUUGCAAAACGGCUUCGUGGUAGCGGCAGUGGCAGCCAUCAUGCUGGAAACGUCAGGUGCUUCACUCGUCGAUACUGCCAUGCUGUCGGUUGAGAGAGCCCUGGGAUCAAGUCCUCUCAACCUUCUGCCCCCGGCUCUAAGGCGAUGUUCCACCAGAGAGGACCGUAUUUCAGCUACACUGCACCUUUUACUGGUAGCGACUGCUCUGGUUAUUAGUCUGGCUUCAACCUUUACCUCGACCAUUCUCCUCUCUGACUUUAGGUCUGGCUUGAUUGCAUCGCCCUCUGUCACGGCCAAGGUGGGAAUCGACUUUGCCACAGAGGGAGAGUAUCGAUAUUUUGGAACGUCUGUCAUAAAGUCAAGGCCCGUGGCCAACUGGCGAUUCGCUGAAGCCAAGGACAGCGACGGUGCCCCCUCUACUAAGGGCGACACAGGCGAUACAUACCGCUCCAUGCUGCCCUUCCAAGAUGUAGAUUCGAGGAGACUGCUCGAGUUCUACUCUGGGCCUGCCGCCGUCACCAACUUCAGGACCUUCUGCGUCGCCCCAGAGUUUCGAAACUUGACCCUUGCUCGCAUCCAAGACCCGGACAACGGCGGCGAGAUGAGCCUCAACGUCCUCGCCGACCUAACUCCCAGCGUGGAUUGGAAGUUGAAGUUUGAGCCCGUCACCGGCGCCUACAAGCCUAGUCCAGUAAAGGCUCGGCUGCUCGAUACUUGGCAUGCCUCUUCGCCGCCUAGCUGGCCGCUGACACUCUACUACUCUAUUGACGACACGUUUACGCCCGAGAAUCAAUCAACUCUUUGGCCCUAUUUCUUCCACCGGGCCCUGCUCUUCAACUCAACCAUGCUCCUUAACGAGACCGAUACAGGUGGUGACGACCUGCCCGAGUCACUGCGCAAUCUCACCACAAAGAAACAAGGCCUAUGGACAAAGGUCAUCAAUGCCGACGGAGUAGAGGUUUUCAGUGCUACCGAAUUUUACUUUAAUAAUGCCGGACCGCAUCUGUACAAUGUCACCAUGUCUGGCCGCGGUAUCAAAUCCGAGCCUACUGGAGACUGGCGCCGUGGACCAGGCCGUGAGAACCAGAUGGAUAUCCUCCACCAGAUGGGCAUCGGAGCUGCUUUUGAAGAUCGUGGUAUCUUGGAGCUCACCGUGGGAUCUCACCUUUCCGACGGUAACAGGCCCUAUCAUAUGCCCCUUGGCCCUACUGCUCUAUCGGCCUCGGGUACCUCAUCUUACCCCGUCUCCCAAUUCUCCUGGGCCUUUAGCGACUCCUGGAUGACCACCACUGCCAUGGGCUCGAUGGAGUUCCCGCACCCGGCUCACUCAUCCGUCUUUCAGAGUAUCAUCCAGCGGACUGAGGAUCCAGCUCAGGCGGUGCAGGCUUUGAUGACUAGACUAUACCAGAUGCAGUACUAUGAUUUCCUGCCAGACUUUGAUUUCAAGCAAACUACCAAGACGAUAUACUCGACCGAGAGGAUCACACCGUCACGGUGGACAGGGCUUCUCAUCGUCUUCUGUCUCGUGGCGGCCCACCUCCUUCUGGUCUCCAUCACGACGGUACUCUUUAUAUCUCGGACACGGGGCUCUGCGCUUGGGAAUAUCUGGCAGGCUGUCUCCCAGAUGGAUUCUGCCGAGACGAAGCAGAUUCUCGAGUCGACGGAUUCCAAACGAGAUGAGGAGGUGAAAUCCUGCGUCAAGGCGAUGGGUAAGGAUGCUGGGGUCUAUGGCAUGUCACGGUCAGUUGAGACGGGGAGGAUGGAGAUUCAGCUCCGGGAGAGGAGAAAGGAGAUUAUGGAUUUGCAAUCGCUACCAUGA